AUAUUCCAUUCUCCCCUUCCAUCUUUUCAAACUUAUACUUGCUCCUUUUCCGGUGUUAACAUUCGCCGGCGAUAACAAAUGGCUGUUCCGGGCAGACACAACGGCAUGAUGGACGGUGACGACGAUGAAGACGGAAUCCUUUUCGUAGAAGAAGGAGCCUUGCCGGAUAAUGACUUUGAAGACACCCCUCCCCACCUCCGCGACCUCGCCGCCGCCGCCGUCCACGGAGAUGUUGACGCACUCCGUCAAGCCCUAGAUAAUUUGGAUGGCAGCAUCGAUGAGCCAGUUGAGGAUGGAGAUACUGCACUUCAUCUCACCUGUCUCUAUGGGCAUCUGUCCUGUGUCCAGCUAUUGCUGGAAAGGGGAGCUUCAGUGGAGGCUAAGGAUGAAGAUGGCGGUAUUCCUCUGCAUGAUGCUUGUGCUGGAGGAUUUAUGGAAAUAGUCCAACUCUUGAUUGGUAAAGCCGAUUCUCCAGAAUGCUUGAAAAGAAUGCUUGAAACAGUUGAUGUAGAGGGCGACACUCCUCUUCACCAUGCGGCUAGAGGGGAACACAAGGAAAUCGUUCAACUUUUACUUUCACUGGGGGCAUCGAUUAGUAAAACAAAUGUGUAUGGAAAGACCCCGGGAGAGCUAGCAGAACCCAAUACAGAAACUUGGGCGAUCUUAGAAGCUGCAGCUAGAACGAGUGCAGUUGCAGCUCAGGUUUAACGAUUAUAUCUUAAAAGUUUUGGUUUUGUUUGCUGAGACUUGAGAUAGCUUAUCUUCAUGAUCAAAUGACUGUAUGAUUAAAUAUUAUUUUUGGUAGUCUAUGACAUGAUUGGUGGGAGGCCAUGACUCCCGUAUUCGAUAAACGUGCCAUGUUUGGGUUGACAUGUACAACUUGAUUAUAACCCAUUAUCCUUUUUGACUC